AGUUCUUUUCCAUAGUGGUUUAUUGACCAUGAGUACAGUGAGCCAGUGGUCAAUGUGUCAAUAUGGAAUGUGUAUGCCCCAACCACCGAUGUCAUGUCAAAAGAAAUGCUUUCCUUCUGUGAAAUUUUGCAACAUGGCUGUAAUGCCACAGGGCACACAACUUCCAUAUGCGCCGAGGGUCCGGGCUCAGUGUUGUCAACGAUUUUGCUUGCGGAAAAGAUCAGUUCCUCUGGGAGUUUUUCAGGAUUUUGCCCCAACAAAUCCUCAACAGCUACACCAGGAUUCUCAUCUAAGCUUGAAUUUCCAGCCGCAACAGAACUACAAUUAUGGGGUGCAAUCACCUAGGCAAGUUCCCCAAGAAUUGGUUAACACAUUUCCCCAGCAAUCUCCUCAGCAAUUUGGCCAGCUAUGUCCUCAGCAAUUUCCACAGCAAUUAAUACAGCAACCAGUUCAGCAAUGUCCUCAGCAAUGCCCUCAGCAAUGUCCUGGGAAAUGUUACAUUCAACUGCCACUGCAAAUCUGCAACCAGCCACCUCCGCAAAUUUGCAAUCCGCAAGUGCCGCCAAACUGUAACCAGCAAUCUCCUGGAAAUUGUUGCCACCCUCUUCAAAUCUGUAACCAGCAAUCUCCUGGAAAUUGUUGCCAACCUUUUCAAAACUGUAUUCAGAAUAAUUUUCCCACUGAAAAUAGCACCUUUAAGGCCAGUACCCACGAAAUAGGAGUUCAAACAGACGAGAUGGAGUGCGGGGAAAAGAAGUUGCAGUCACCAGAACCAAAGUCACCCGAGAGCGAGGGCUCCGUCGAGGCUGCGAUCAUUGAGGUCACCGAAGUCACAAAGCAGGAGGUGGAGGUUACGCACCGCACCGGCAAAAAGGAUAUUUUCGUCAACGAGGUUGAGUCGACCACACUUUAUCCGAAAGACGGGUCCAAUCCCUUAACAGAGACUCAGACCCGUAACGUAAUCCAAAAGGUAUCCGGUUCGGGUACACACAUCCUAGAGGAUAAUCUUGAGAAAAAUAUUACUUCAGAAUCCAAAAAUAUAGAUAUACCUCAGCGAGCCAUGCGAAAGUCAGAGAUGGAGCCAAUGGUUGAGUCUUUAAGGGCAGAACAUUACGAAUCAAAAGCAGAUGACCCGGAAAAGAACGAGGUGGUCUACCACCACCAUGCAACUAGUGAGCAAGGUUUUGAGACUCAAAUUGAGAAGAAGCUCCUCGAAACCAAGGAGAAGAAGAAAAAUUCCGUGACUUUGUCAACCCACUCACCAGUUACCCGCUCACCAGUUACCCGCUCACCAGUUACCCGCUCGCCAGUUACCCGCUUACCAGUUACCCGUUUACCAGUUACCCGCUCACCAGUGACUCGCUCACCAAUUAUCCGAUCUCCCGUUACCCGAUCACCAGUGACUCGCUCACCAAUUACCCGCGCACCAGUGACUCGCUCACCAAUUACCCGUUCACCAGUUACCCGUUCACCAAUUGCCGGAUCUUCAGGACCUGGAAAGGCUUUCGCAUCGACUCCUAAUGUCAGUCAAAAAAACUCUCAAAAUAAUUCGCUUUUUGAAAAGGAAAAUAAAAAGAGCACAUCUUUUGUUGUCUUAAGUAGAGCACAAUCGGAGAGUGAAAUGGAAAAUAAAAAAAGACCAGGAUCCUUGACGAGCAACAGGAGCACCGUACACGUGAGGGUAACCAACAGAAAGGAGGCUUCUGUGAAGGAGCCCAAAGCACCGCAAAAAAUUACAGCGGUCUUCGAGAGCAGAGUUUCCGAGUUGAUUCGGAGACCCGGGAAUAAGAUGCCAGAAGAGGAAGAAUCAGAGGAGGAGGAACCAGAGGAGGAGGAACCAGAGGAGGUACCAGAGGAGGUUCCAGAGGAGGAACCAGAGAAGGAACCAGAGAAGGAAUCAGAGAAGGAACCAGAGAAGGAACCAGAGAAGGAACCAGAGAAGGAACCAGAGAAGGAACCAGAGGAGAAGAAACCAGAAAAGAAAAAACUCGAGAAGAAACCACAAAAACCUAAGCCAAAAGAAGAAAAGAAGCAAGGUUAUCCCUCGAAUGAUUUGACCAAGUUGUUGGAGGUUUGGAUGUCCCUGCUCGAGGUUUUCAUGCUGCAACCAAUGUCCUCCGUGUCCUGCCAGCACAAGACAGUGCGAUCCUAUUUAUGGUUUCGGUAG